AUGUCGAAUUCAACGACAAUGCCUAAAUUCUCCACCAGCAACAUCCAGCCAGCGUGGCAAGCCACUGUGGAAGCCUAUUCCCCGCAGUUCCUCGAAAUAUGCGGCACGCUCAUCGUCCAGCUCGCCUUUUUCUGGAUCCCCUGCGCCUUCUACCAAUCCAUCGAUAUCCUCUUUCCCACCUUCUCGCACCAUCAUAAAAUCCAGCCCGCCCCCAAGGCCACCCCGCCAGAGCUAUGGUACUGCUUCUACAUAGUCGUGCGCAACCAGGUCAUGGCCACAGUCCUCCACGCCGCUCUCCUCUUCGGAAUCUCCUACCUCGGAGAAACUUCGUCCUAUCGCAUCGACACCUCGCUGCCCGGGGCCAUUGAAAUCAUCCGCGAUCUAGUCGUCUGCAUCGCCAUCCGCGAGGUCAUGUUCUACUACUCCCACCGUCUGCUGCACCAGCCGCGCUUUUACGUGCCGAUUCACAAGUUCCACCACCGCUUCGUUGCGCCAGUCGCAAUGGCAGCCGAGUUUGCUCACCCCUUUGAGCACAUCGUGUCUAACAUGCUGCCCGUGUCGCUGCCACCGCAGCUAAUUAACGCGCAUAUCAUCACGGCGUGGCUGUUCAUCGCGUAUGUGCUCCUCGAGACGGUUACGGUGCACAGCGGUUACGAUUUUGGUGGAAAUAUGGCCUCGAUGCAUGAUCUGCACCAUGAGAAGUUUAUGGUCAACUUCGGAACGGUGGGGUGGUUGGACCGCUUCCACGGGACUUACAAGUCUGAGGCAACGAAGGUGGAUAAGAAGAAUUAA